AUGGAAAAAACGCCCUUUAAGUAUUUUUUUUAUUUUUUAUUUUUUAUUUUUUACCUGCCCAUUUCUUCAACUAGCUACAAAUUUUUGAAAAUUCUGUCUUCCUCUUUUCCCAAACGGUGUAACAUAAAAAAUAAAAAAAAAGAAGAAAAGGAAGAAAAAGAAAAAAACAAAAAAAAACAUUUUCUAUAUUAUGAACAGUUCAGAAAUUUCAGUUGCAAAUUGGUGAGUCCGCAAAGGGAGGAAAAAGUGUAUACAAAGAAUGAUCAAGAGGGAAGGAUGAGAAGAAAAAAGUUAUACAUUUUAAUUACUUCACCAGAGGGUGCUAGAAUAUAUAGGUUCCUGGUAGUAUUACUUAUAUAUAACUUAACAAAAAACAAAAAUGAUAAAAAUGUGCAAAUUUUAUGUAAUAAUGGAAAAAAUAGCAUAAUUGAUGAAAUACUCAAUGUGCCAAUUAUAUCAAUUGGUGAAUCAUGCAAUGAAAUAUUAAACAACUACUUAAAUAAAACAGGCUUCUUCAAUAAUAUAUAUAAACAUUAUCCUUCUUUAGUAAAACAAAAUGUAUGCAACAUAAGUUAUGACACAUUUAACCAAAUUAAUAAUAGUGUGAAAAAACUGAACAUUGUCUUUACCCCUAGCAAAGCUAAUUCUGCAACAUUAAAAAUGGAAAUGAUGAGCAAAUAUUUUAAAAAUCAAAAGGAGUGUAUUAAUGCUAAUAUAGUGUGGGUUUCAUCUGCCAUUAGUCAGUCCAACUUUGAAGAUAUUAGUACCGCCAUCAGUGGAGAAGCAAAGGAUGAUCAUAUAAUAAAACUCACCAAAAUAAAUUGUUAUGAUACAAAACAAAUUGUGCAUAGUAAUAAAAUGAAAAUCAAAAUAAAAAAGAAGAACUGUAUAGUAUCACUCAUGAGUAAUAGCACAGUGCAAUCCUUUUAUAACAACUUUGGAAGUGAUUAUAAUUAUGUUGUAUGCAUGGGACAUAACUGUUAUAAUCUUUUGAAAGAAUUAAAUUUUAAAAAUAUAUAUUUUCCUCAUGAUUCAAAGUUACACACCUUUUUGAACGUUCUAAUAAAACUGUACAACGAGUUAAAAAUAAAGGAUAAAAAAAAAAAAUAUGAAGUUUUACUAACUAGGGAAAAACACAAAAAUGACCAAGUAAGGAAAAUAUUGUCCGAGAAAAACAUCCCCUUUGUAAUUAUACCUUGCAUAAGCACACAGUACGACUCCCAAGGCAUUCAGCGUUUGUACUCGCUGAUUUCAACCUACGUAACAAGUGGAGUUUGA